AGUUGAAAGAAACAAAAAGAAAAGAAAAGGAAAGAAUGGAUCCAAGGCUUUUCCAGGCAGUGACAUGGAACGACAGAAAGCGGUUCAUGAAUCUGGUGGACGAGAAUGGGGAAAUUCUGAAGGAGAUAUCAGAAGAGACCGGGGACACGGUGCUGCACUUGGCGGCGAGGCACGGCCGCGUCGACUUCGUGAAGGACAUUCUGAGGCUGUGGCCGGAAGCUGCGGCGGUGGAGAAUCUGAAGAAUGAGACGCCAUUCCAAGAAGCUUGUAGGGAAGGAUCAGAACCCGAAAUCUUAAUGCUGCUUCUGGAGAUGGAGCCAUGGGUCAGAUCUGAACUCAGCCAUCAAAAACAGAGCCUGCUGUUGGUGGCCUGCAGCCGUGGUCAAGUGGAUGCUGUCAAGAUCCUUUUGAAACACCCAUGGCUCCACAAUUUAGACGACCACGCAGCUUGUUUUCUUGAGGCUGCCUCUCGGGGAUACUUGGGCGUGGUUAAAGAAAUAUUAGGGAAGUUCCCAAAAGUGGCUGAAAAGGUGGACGAUAUUGGUGGCCAUGGCUUGCACAAGGCUUGUAUUGGUGGCCAUGUGGACGUAGUGAGGUAUCUGUUGGGUCAUCAUCCUCAACUUGCUCGCCAAUUCACCAACUUUGGCCAUACGCCGUUGCACUUGGUUGCCAUGCGCGGCAACAUCCCCAUUCUUCAACUAUUUAUGGACCAAUCUCCACUCUCCUUAUUGGAUCUUACAAAACAGGGAGACCCAAUUCUUCAUCUCACCAUUCGGUAUAACCAAUUCCCUACUUUUCUACACUUGGCUGAAACCUUCCAAACACAUGAAUCAUUCUUCAGUUCUGUGGACCUUCAUGGGAAUACUCUUUUACAUGUUGCAGCACUGUGUGGACGACUUCAGUUUGUAGAAUUCUUGAUCAAUAAAAUGAAGACGUGGAUAAAUUGUCAGAACAGAGAAGGGCUGACAGCUUUUGACAUGCUCGACAACCUUACCGUUAAUGACACUCGGGAGUUUCAAAUUCUUGAGGACAUGUUAAAAAAUGCCGGCGGAAAGAGAAAAAUAGAAUUAACAGAUUCGACUGUUAUUAUUCCAACUAGCGAGAAAGGGGAAUGGAUUCAGGAAUGGAUUCAUUCUUUGGAUCUAAAUUUGUUGGAGGAUGGUUUGCAAAAGACCAUUGACUUAGAUCAUGAUAAGAAGGAAGAAGAAAAGAUGAUUCAUUCUUUGGAUCCCAAAUUGUUGGAGGAGGAUGGUUUGCAAAAGACCAUUGACUUAGACCAUGAUAAGGAGGAAGAAGAAAAGAUUGACAUUGAAAAUUUGGGGAGCAAUCAUGUUAUCCAUGCUAACCAUGAACAAGUUUCUUCUUUUUCUAUUGGUACCGAUGAACAGGUAGAUCAAAAAGAGAACAAAGGUGGGUUUGUGGUUCUACACAACAUGGAGAGGCAAAAGCAUCUCAGCCAAAAGCGGCGGAAAGUUCUAAUAAGAAAAAUGGAUGAGAACCGAUCUCGGCGAGAAAAGCAACAUGAUAUGUAUAAAGAGGCUUUGCAAAAUGCAAGAAACACAGUUACUUUAGUUGCAGCUUUGAUUGCUACAAUUACGUUUUCUGUGGGCAUAAGUCCCCCGGGUGGGGUUCACCAAGACGGCCCACUAAUUGGAAAAGCAGUAUUCGCCAAAACAAAAGGCUACAAGAUAUUCAUAAUAAGCAACAGCAUCGCAAUGACUACAUCUCUAUGCAUCAUGAUCGUUUUAGUGAGCAUCAUCCCUUUCAGAAGAAAAUUACUCUUGCGACUUAUUAAGAUUACUCAUAAAGUGUUGUGGGUGUCUCUAGCGUUUAUGGCAACGGCUUUCACAUCAGCCACAUGGCUCAUCUUGCCGCAAGAUUACAAAACAAAUUGGAUUCCAAAUGUGAUAUUGGCAGUGGUAGGAGGGACUAUGGGAACACUUUUCAUUUUUUUGGGAGUAGAGUUGGUAAGACAUUGGAUGAGAAAGCUCAAGUGGAGAAGGGAGAGAGUCGAGAAGCCAAUUGUUCCAGUGGGCGGUAAUUCUGACGGCAAUUCCGACCAUCAAUCCACGGAUGAUCUAUCAUCCAGUAAAGCUAAGUCCGUCAUAGAACGACAGGAUCUAAGAAAGCUUUAUUCAUUCUCUACUAAUUCUGAUGUUGCCAGUUCUAGAGGUCGAGGUGGUCAUGUUUACUAAAGACAUGUUUUGUGAGUGAUUUUAGUCGGAGCCAGUUUUGUAAAAUAUUUAUUAAAAAGUUAUUUUACUCUUUUGUGUCUGCUUUCAUGGAAAAGUAAUUUGAAUGAUUAA